UUUACUACUCUCUUUCCGGUUGGCUUUCGGACGAAAGUUGUCUACUUUAUUCAGUUUUCCACAACUCGGCAUAUUAUUGUAGGAAGAAAGAUGCCGUCUGUAACGCUUAAGGACGUUGACCAGCACAAAUUCGUAAAGGCUUUCGCAGCCUUUUUGAAAAAAACUGGCAAAAUGCGAGUGCCAGAAUGGGUUGACAUCGUAAAAUCUGCACGCUUCAAGGAACUUGCCCCGUACGAUCCAGAUUGGUACUACAUUAGAUGCGCGGCUUUGGUUCGUCAUAUUUAUAUUCGUAGUCCAAUUGGUGUUGGAGCAGUAACAAAAAUCUUUGGAGGACGCAAACGCAAUGGCACCCAUCCCAGCCACUUCUGCCGAUCUGCAGGUGGUGUUGCCCGUAAAGCUCUUCAAAGCUUGGAACAACUGAAACUCAUUGAAAAAGCUCCACUGGGUGGACGUAAGCUCACCAGUCAAGGUCGUAGAGAUUUAGAUCGUAUUGCUGCACAAGUGAAAGCAAAAAGCAAGAAACAACUUAAGCUACAAGAGACUCUUGUUCUUUAAUUUUUCUGUUUCUAUAAUAAAAAUGAAAAAAUUGUA